AUGGACCACACUGAUGAACGGCCAUUAGAUCUGCUGAUUAUUGGCGCGGGAUUGUACGGCAUCUAUGCUGCCAACACCUAUCUUCGAAUACAUUCCUCAGCGAGCAUCAAGGUCCUCGAUGGCGAUGACGACGCAGGCGGUGUCUGGAGCCGCUCGAGACUGUACCCAAAGUUCUGGUCUCAGACUGGUGCACGACUGAGCGGCUUCCCAGACGUCCCUUUCACGGUAUCGGAGGAUGCGCCUAGGUACCAUGACCUGUUCGAAGCGAAGCACCUCACGACUUACCUGGAAGACUACAUCUCCCACCAUGAAUACAACGGAUCGAGCUUGAGGGAGCGUUUCGUCUUCAAUUGCUGGGUCACCAAGAUCUCGAAGGAAGACAAUGUCUGGAGAGUGCACGCAAAGCUGCACGGCCAGGAUGUCAGCUACGCCAGUACAAAGCUGAUCAUCGCCACCGGCCAGAACUCCAUACCCAGCCUGCCUCGACUGCCUGGCCGCGAAAGCUUCAAAGGUCCCAUCAUCCACCAGAAGGACUUUGGCCGCUCCAGGAUACUUACGCCUGACGAAGAGAACGCCCAUGACCAUACCGACAUCACCGUGGUCGGCGGUUCCAAGUCAGCCUCUGACAUCGUGUACGCUGCGGCAUCCGACACCGCAGUCCCAAGGAAGGUCAAUUGGGUCAUCAGCGACGCUGGAUCUGGUCCACUCAUUUUGUCAAGGGCGCAGGGCUUUGGCAAGUACAAGUCCCUGCCCGAGCUUGGAUCUAUUCGCGCAAUGGCAAGCUUCAGCUCGGCAAACCCUUUUCGCCCGGAGAGUUGGUGGAGCUGGUUCCUCCAUAAGACGGCGGUGGGCGAUUGGUUGCUGGACCGGAUCUGGGGGGCGAGCGAGAAGAGCAGCAAGGCGACUGCGAAUUACCACGGAAGGGAGGGAGCGUUGCCGGGGUUUGAAAAGUUGGAAACGCAGACGAAUAUGAGGUGGAGGAGUGGACAUGUUGGAUUACUGCAGAAUGAUGAUUUUUGGGACGUUGUGGCGAAGAAGGUGCAGGUGCAUCGUGGUGAGGUCUCACGGCUGGAGGACGGCAUAGUCGUGCUCGGUGAUGGAACGAGAGUAGAGACGGAUAUGCUGCUCUGCGCCACAGGUUGGAGGCAAGGGUAUUCUAGCUUCGAUGCCCAUGAAGCCGCUGGUCUCGGUCUGCCAGUCAGGCUUGAAGAAAAAGAGGUAGUGGGAGAAAUGAAGCAGCACUGGGCGAAGCUCGAAGAAGAUGCCGACCGCAAAGUCCUCACAAGAUGGCCCUACCUCGCCCAAACGUCCGAGUUCUACCACAGUUCUAUCGAUAGCACUCCAUACAGGCUCUACAACCUCACCACCCCGCCCAACGACCAAUCCAUCGCUUUCCUUGGCGUCCAAACGGUCCCGAACAACUACCACACCGCUCUCGCCCAGACCUUAUAUGCCAUCGCCGUCUUAGACAACAAGCUCUCCCUGCCGCCGGUGGAGGAGAUAGAAGAAUCAAUAUCUUUCAUGAACCGCUGGUGUGCGUGGCGGUACCCGCUCGACGGGUGGAAGGGGAAUGUGCUUGAUUAUGAGAUGGUGAGCUUUACGGAUCAUUUGCUGGAGGAUCUGGGGUUGAACAGUCAUCGGAGUAAGGAGAGUUGGUGGAGGGAUUUGACCGAUCCGGUUUUGGCGGCGGAUUAUGCUGGGUUGGUUGAUGAGUUUUGGGGGAAGUACUACAAGGAGUCUGAGUGA